AUGCCGACAAUAAUAAAGAUCAAAAGUUGGCUCUAUAAGGCUUCCUUAUUCAUAUCUAUACUAUUGUUAAUUGGAUUCUCAUCAGUCUUACCCAUUGAUUCCAUAGCUCAAGCUUCUCAAUCAGAAAAUAACGCAUUAAACACAUUCAUAGUAGUAGGUGCCCUAGUAGCAUUCGCUGUCGUCUGCAUAAUCAGCAUAGUAGGUAGAAUGUAUCUUCAUAAGAGUUGUCUCAAGGAUAUACCGAGAAGGUACGUACCUAUCACCACAGCAGAUCUGCCGCAUGCCCCCAGUAGGGAGAACAUAAUUAAAAACAUGGAAAGAUCAAAAGAAUUGACAGUCCUAUUUAAGAUACCGAAGGAUCCUGUAAUCCAUCCAGGAUUAGAACCACCCAUUAGAUGUGAUGACCCCAAUAUAGAGAAGUUAUUCCCGGAAUAUUUGAACUAUAAAGUUUGUGUUAAAAGUGUCACAGAGACAUUAAAAUACAAGGGUAUCUUUUUAAAUACCUAUGCUACUGACUUUAAUUUGAAUGAUUCAUUCUCAGAUUUGAUUUACCGUCAAUUUAUCGAAGGUAAUACUCGGAAUUAUGAUCAGGUUCAAAAGGCGUAUACGUUUAUUGACCUCUAUGAAUCUUUCCAAUUCUCAAAUAAAGAAAUUGCAAGAGAUGAUUUCGUACAAUUUGUUAAUUUAUCUCUAUAUUUCCAUGAUAUACUGAUGGGGAAUGAUACCUCGAAACAGCAAAAACAAACGAACAAAAAUUUAUGGAAUGAAAGUUUCUAUCAUGAGGAGAAAACACCGGCUGCUCAAACUAAUAAUAAUGAUAAUAAUAAUAAUAAUCAAAAUUCACUACCGCAUAUAAUUAUUAAUAAUAAUGAUAAGGAUUAUAAUGAGCCAUUCGACUUAACACAAAACAACUCUAAUUACGACCUGGAUUAUGACGAUGGAACUGGCGCUGCAGCACCUGAUGAAAUGGAAUAUUUCCCAGAAUCUCAAAGAAAUCCUUCCUACGUAAUUAGAAGAAAUAGUACAAGUACCGUAGCACAAAGAAUACCGUCUACUGUAAUAUUAGAUGAAGAUGGUGAACCUGACCCCUUGGAACCUAUACCAAUCCAAAAUUCCCCUCAAGAAAUGGUCUCGAAAGUGGAAAGCUACGGUACUGUCAUACACCAUUAA